GCUCUUCACCACUGGGGGCACUUUUACAUAAGACCGCAUUCACCGGAGCCCAAGCAACAGUCGGAGCUGAGGUCCAGAAUGACAGUCUGCAGAAGUGAGCCGGAGCUGAGCGCCUGUGCAGUCCGGGGCUUCCCUGCCUUCUGGGCUCCCUCACCGCUCAGUGGCUGAAACUGGGUGCUCAGCGGCCCUGUCACCCACGCUUGGGCUAUGGAAUACAGGUUUGGCAGAGCGGGUGACCCCGGGUUGCCUCCAGGAAUAAUACCUCAUGCAUUGCUAUAAGAAGAAAUUUUAAGAAGCCAGUUUCUUUUUUUUUUUUUUCUUUUCUUUUCUUUUCUUUUUUUUUUAAGAGCAUCCCUUUCUCUAAAAUUUUUUUUUUCUUUUUCUGGUAAAGAUGCAAAAACGUAAGAUCCAUGAAGAUCCUAUUACCUAGGGAGAUUUGGAUGUUUUGCUGUGAAUGCGGUGCUGGGAUUUAUUUGUUCUUGGAGUGUUCUGCGUGGCUGGCAAAGAAUAAUGUUCCCAAAUCGGUCCAUCUCCCAAGGGGUCCAAUUUUUCUUCCUGGGUGUCAGCGAGUCCUGACUCACUGUAGUGCAGCUGACAGGGGCUGUCACGGAAGUGGGCCCCCUAAGCCAAAGCGAGAGACCUGAGGACGACCUUUGAACAAUACAAAGGAUGGGUUUCAAUGUAAUUAGGCUACUGAGCGGAUCAGCUGUUGCCCUGGUUAUAGCCCCUACUGUCUUACUGACGAUGCUUUCUUCUGCCGAGCGAGGAUGUCCAAAGGGCUGUAGGUGUGAAGGCAAAAUGAUCUAUUGUGAAUCCCAGAAAUUACAGGAGAUCCCCUCCAGUAUAUCUGCAGGCUGCCUGGGUCUGUCCCUUCGCUACAACAGCCUGCAGAAACUCAAGUACAAUCAAUUCAAAGGGCUGAACCAGCUCACCUGGCUGUACCUGGACCAUAACCACAUCAGCAAUAUUGAUGAGAAUGCUUUCAAUGGCAUCCGCAGACUCAAGGAGUUGAUCCUGAGUUCCAAUCGCAUCUCCUAUUUCCUCAACAAUACCUUCAGGCCGGUGACCAAUUUAAGGAACUUGGACCUGUCCUAUAAUCAGCUGCAUUCUCUGGGCUCGGAACAGUUCCGAGGCUUGCGCAAGCUCCUGAGUUUACAUCUACGCUCCAAUUCUCUCCGAACCAUCCCUGUGCGCAUCUUCCAAGACUGUCGCAACCUGGAACUUCUGGACCUGGGCUAUAACCGGAUCCGAAGUUUGGCCAGGAAUGUCUUUGCUGGCAUGAUCCGACUCAAAGAGCUGCACCUGGAGCACAACCAAUUUUCCAAACUCAACUUGGCCCUCUUCCCCAGGCUGGUGAGCCUUCAGAAUCUCUACUUGCAGUGGAAUAAAAUCAGUGUCAUAGGACAGACCAUGUCCUGGACCUGGAGCUCCUUACAAAGGCUCGACUUGUCGGGCAACGAGAUCGAAGCUUUUAGUGGCCCCAGUGUGUUCCAGUGUGUCCCCAAUCUGCAACGCCUCAACCUGGAUUCCAACAAGCUGACCUUUAUUGGUCAAGAGAUUUUGGAUUCCUGGAUCUCCCUCAAUGAUAUCAGCCUGGCUGGGAAUAUCUGGGAAUGCAGCAGAAACAUUUGCUCCCUGGUCAACUGGCUGAAAAGUUUCAAAGGGCUGAGGGAAAACACCAUCAUCUGUGCCAGUCCCAAAGAGCUGCAAGGUGUCAACGUGAUCGAUGCCGUGAAAAACUACAGCAUCUGUGGCAAAAGUACCACCGAGAGGUUCGACCUGGCCAGGGCUCUCCCUAAACCCACCUUCAAGCCCAAGCUCCCCAGGCCUAAGCAUGAGAGCAAACCUCCCUUGCACCCCACGGUGGGGACCACACAGCCCGGCCCUGACCCAGAGGCCGACUCGGAGCAUGUGUCCUUCCAUAAGAUCAUCGCAGGCAGCGUGGCCCUUUUCCUGUCCGUGCUGGUCAUCCUCUUGGUCAUCUAUGUGUCAUGGAAGCGCUACCCGGCCAGCAUGAAGCAGCUGCAGCAGCGGUCCCUCAUGCGAAGGCACAGGAAAAAGAAGAGACAGUCGCUCAAGCAGAUGACGCCCAGCACGCAGGAAUUUUAUGUCGAUUAUAAACCCACCAACACAGAGACCAGCGAGAUGCUUUUGAAUGGCACAGGACCCUGCAGCUACAGCAAGACAGGCUCCAGGGAAUGUGAGAUACCUUUAUCAAUGAAUGUGUCAACCUUUCUGGCAUACGACCAGCCUACAAUAAGUUACUGUGGGGUGCAUCAUGAACUUCUCUCUCAUAAAACCUUUGAAACGAAUGCACAGGAGGACACGAUGGAAACGCACCUAGAGACUGAGCUGGACCUGAGCACAAUCACAACAGCUGGCCGGAUCAGUGACCAUAAACAACAGCUGGCUUAACUGAACUCCUGGGUUGCCCGGCUUGCCACCAAACUGUAACUCAAAGACAAAACGAGCAAGAGUUCUUUCAUUGUGGACCUUAAAAAAAAAACAAAACGAAAUCCCCUGUUCAAAUAAAAAAAAAAUCCGAGAUUGAUUUAUGAAAUAAAGAAGACAUGAAUUGUUUCAAGUCUACACUUUGUAAUUAGCUAACUUGUGCAGUAUUUUUUUGACUUAAACAAGAGUAUGACCAGGAAAAAAAAAAAAGGAAAAAGAACCUUUUUUUAAAUAAAUAAAAAAAAAACCUCCAUCCUACCUACCUGUAAAAACUGUACAGAGCUAAUGUAUUUUUCAUAUUGUAAAGUUUCGAUGAUAGAAACAACUGGUAUGUACAGUAACAUAAUUUAAUUACAUUUUACUUUACAAACUACACAA